AUGGGUGAGGCUUCGGAUGCUCGUCUUUAUCUACAGGAUAACAACAUUCCCCAGCUUUUUGAGGUUCAGUUUUACUGAAGUUGUUUUGUAAUACUUGAUUUGAAAUCGUAUUCAGGGUUUGAUGACUGGGCUGAUCUACAGUCGUCCCGAUGAUCCGUUGAAGUUUCUGGAAGAGUCGAUUGGAAAAAUCCGCUCGACACCAGGAAUAACAGUCUCAUGGGAUAUGUUCAUUGGGCCAGAAGCAGGUAAUCCGUGUAUGAGUUGCUAAUCUGAAUACAUUGCGUUUUCGGCUGCACUAUAGCUUUUUUUGAAACACUUUUCAUACCUUACAACUAUUAUAUUGAGAUUUUUGAAUCUUGACCAAACCGGAAGCACACAUGUUUUCUGAUUUUUCAAACUUUUCGCCUUUCACAUGUAUUGUGACUGACUCGAUCCGUGAACUAGCAAUGUCGUCUAUUUUCGUGUUUGGCACCCGGAUAUACUUCGAACUCUCUCCGACUUGUUUGUUUCGUUAAUAAUUUAUACUGUGUCAUGAAUCAUAAGACACAUGUGGAAUUUUGAGCUGAAAUUUUUGAUCAUGAGCACAUCCUUAUGUAAAGUGUGGCUCACCUCAUUACUUCUUUCACGUCAGUUCAGAUUCUGAGAAUCACAUCUCAAUAAGAAAAAAGAAAACCAAAACAAAACACAAAGGUAGAGAGAACAGAGCACGCAUUCUUGUUGUGGUGCCCCAGACAAAACGUGCUGCCGUCCAUAAAAAGCCCUCGGGCUCCGUCUUGCGUACGCAAUUAUCCCCUCCUACGUCGCAGGUUAUAUUGUGCUCACUGGGUACUCUUUGCCCGUGCGUGUUUUCCCAACCCAGCUUCUUUUUAGUGUGUUUCUGGUUUCAGGCCGUGUCGCCAGAAAUUAUCCGGUCGCUUCCUCUGCUCCGUUACAACAAAACAAAAGAAAGGCCUCUCAGACUACAGUCACUCAACCCCGAAUAUCUACAAGCGCAUUAGAAGCGUAAGAUCUAUUUUUGACUUUGAAAUGAAAUAUCUUGCUUUUUGAAGCGAAUCCAACGAAGUUGAGGCAGUUGAAAUAUCCAGAGAACCAUCGAGAACCAAUACUGUUGAGCAUCGUACUCCUGAACCCCAACUUUCUUUGGAAAGCUCAAAAGAAGAGGAAAUGGUGAGUUUUAAAUGUUAUAAAUUGGUGGUCCUAUGCUGUUUUUUUUUCAGGUUGUUCAUCGUGUUCCGUCUGUGACAAGAGCUGCUGAAGUGGCCAAGAUUCCGGAUGUUCCGAUCAUUCUGUUCAUGGGUGAGAACUUUUAUAAAACUUUUCAAUCCUCUUCAAAUGAACUUAUUGUCAGGAGGUCCUGGAGGUGGAAAGACAAGGCAUGCAACUCAUGUGGCAAAUUCGCUGGUUGAUAACGGAUUGGUGCACAUUUGCAUGCCGGAUAUAAUCAAGACGGCACUGGGGAAAUACAAAGACAAAUAUCCGGAAUGGAAAGAAGCUAACGAACAUUAUAUACGAGGUAAGCUCAGAACAGAAGCGGAACAGAAUUGAACACAGAUUACAGGAGAGCUAAUCCCGAAUCAAUUAGCUUUGACAUUGUUGAAAGCAGAGAUGGGAAGGCAUCCGGACGCGCAAGGUUUCUUUUUAGAGGGCUAUCCGAGGGAGGCACGGCAAGUGGAAGACUUUGAAAGACAGGUUUCGUUCCUUCCGUGUAUUUGGUGGAAUUUUCAACUGUUACUAGUCCAGGUGAAAUCGGUGAAUAUGGCUCUAAUCUUGGAUUACGAUGAAAGAACUCUUCGUGAUCAUAUGGAGCGGCGGGGACUUGGCAUGGAAAUCAUUGAUCAGAAAAUAAAAGAAUUCAAGCAGAAAACUUUACCAUCCGCGAAGUACUUUGAUGAUCAGAAGUUGCUCCAUCUGGUACAUCAGAAACUAUAUAGUUAUAGAAAACCUCCAAGCGCUUUUCAGAUACCCGGCGAAACAGAUGAUACUAAAAUUUCUGAUAAAAUGAAAGCACUUAUUGUAAGAGCUCUAGAAUCAGGAGUUCCAGUGUUGGCAGCAAUGCCUCCUCAUCCGGUCCCUGUUGAAAGAAACCACGUUGCAACUCCUCCGGUGUGUCUCAAAUCCCCAUUUCUUACUCAUCAUUACAGUUGUCAGGUCAAUCCAGUCAUUUCGUCUCCUAUCAUGGCUGAAGCGGCGGAACUCGAAAAUAGCGUUGUCAACACAAGUAUAGUCAACCACGAAGACAUCAAUCAUGUAGGGACGGAACCGGCCGAAAUCAGGAAAUGAGCACCGCCAACUUUCUGUUUUCCAGGACUUGUCGACGUCAGCAAUUCGGGAGCCACGGUCUGUUGCACAGACACCUCUUCAUUCGUCCGCUUCUGCGGGAGGCGUCGAGCAACAACCAGAGACGCCGGCUGUUCAGACCCCCGACGAGAGUGAGCGUGGUUUCCGGUGAAAUGAGUGGCACACAAUUUGUUUUCUUUUUAGGCCGUGCUACUUCAACCGCCAGGUCUAGGGAAUCGGCGAAAAAGGAAAAGACUCCAACUCCAGGUAAUGCAGAGAAGGCAAAAAAGUACCAGAUACUGGAAAAGGGACAGAACAAUAAUAAUUUAAUUUGUGGGUUCAGACAAACGUUUGCCAAACUCGAUCGUAGUUCCCAUGUUGAACCUACCGCAAGAGAAUGGUAAAGUAAAAGUGGAAGCGAGUGAAAUAUAGAGUUUUCAAUUUUUGCAUGAGUGUGAAAAGGAUGCACUGCAUGACUGGAAUCGCACAGAAAAAUCAAUGCGGGGGUGUUUCAGACCGAAUGAGCACCGGCGACGCAAAUCACAACUCGAAUGACGCUUCGGAAACCAGUUCUCUUGAACUCGGUGAUCCAGUGGGACUUCCGAAUAACGCCCCGGUGAUACUCGUGCUUGGUGAGCCACGAAAUCGGAUGAGUGAAUUGAAAAUCGAAUGUUCCAGGAGCUCCUGGGUCACAGAAGAAUGAUAUCAGUAGAAGAAUCGCGCAGAAAUAUGAUGGUUAGUAGUGUUGAAUCCCAAGAUUCCAAGAUAAAUGAAUAAUUUUCAAAUUCAGGUUUCACAAUGCUUUCGAUGGGCGACAUUUUGAGAAAGAAAAUCAAUAGUGAGAAAAAUGAUGAGAUGUGGGAAAAGGUGGCCAAGAAAAUGGCAAACGGAGAUCCGAUUCCGACUGUAAAAAAGCACACCUGUCUGCUAUUAUUGAUUGAUUUGUUUCAGAAAAUGGUUCGCACGGUUUUGUACGAAGAACUUCAGAAUAGAGGGGCUUCUAACUGGGGCUACGUCAUAGAAGGAUACCCAAAAACUCCUGAUCAACUUGUUGAUUUGGAGCAAUCGGUAAAAAUUAUACCACUCCGCCCGGCUAACUAAGAAUUUUCAGUUGCAACGGACUGAUUUGGCUAUUCUCGUCGACUGCACUGAACAGUUUUGUCUGGAAGUUAUUAACAAAAGAGGCAGAGACAAUAAACGAUCUGGUCAGUUUGAAAGCGAUCAAGAGCCGAACAAUUCCAAGGUUUUCCAGAUGACAGUACUGAUUCAGUGCGUGCUCGAAUGGAUUAUUUCAAGAAGAACACUUUACCGAUGCUUAAAACUUUAGAUGAUAAAGGCAAACUGCGCGUGGUGAGACAUUCGCAUGUAACGGUAUGCACUAUCCUUUCCUUCUAACAUUUUUCUUCGAACUAAUUAUUCAACAUACAUUUCGGCAUGAUAACUGUUGCGAGAGAAACGAGUUUUGUUCAGUUUUGAAUGACAUUUUGCACGAUUGACUAACCUAUCUCACUAAAAAGUGUCUUUUCUAUCUCACUCCUUCUGUAAAUCUGUCUGUUCUUCAACUAUUCAUGAAACCUGAAAGCAAAAUGACAUUUAAGGUUGACGGAGACGCAGAUCCGGAUGCUGUGUUCAAAGAAGUCGUUCAAGUUAUUGACAGAACACUGUUCAUUGAAGGUUGAUUCAAAUUGUCUGUGUUAUAGCAACCACCGUAUUCAGACGACGGAGACGGUACAAGUCUCGGCGAUUCGAAGAAAGGAACGUUGGAUUCUUCACUAAACUCUUCUAAUUAA